UAGUCUUCUCUGCAACUCCUAUAUGUAAUGUGUCUAGAGAGAACCAGCUUUUUCAUUGGGUAAUAUCAAAAUGGGGACGAGAUCUCUAGAAAUAAAUGUGACAUCAGCAAAAGGGCUUAAGAAAGUGUCGAAGAUGGAUGUUUUUGUGGCCGUGAAGUUAUCCGGUGAUCCAAAAUGCUCUGACCACCGUGAGCAGCGGACACAAGCGGCAAGAGACGGUGGAACCAGCCCCAAAUGGAGCAAUGAUGUCAUGAAGUUCAUCCUCGACCAAAACUUAGCAGAGGCUAACCGCCUUGUGAUCACUUUCAAGAUCAAGUGCGAGCAACGUGGAGGAGUAGAUAAAGACAUCGGCGAGGUUCAUGUUCAGGUGAAAGAACUUCUGGAUCAUCUUGGAAACGAUAAGACCGGUCAAAGAUACGUCACAUAUCAAAUCGGGAAAUCCAAAGCCGAUAUUAGUUUCACUUAUUCGUUCACAGGUCCGGUGGAGGUCCCGACCGGUGGCGGCUGCUCACGGUACGCAGCUCAAGCGCCGGUGCGUCCUGUAUCGACCUACCGGCCCGUUUUGAACGGACCCAUGUUGAGUCAGUUGAACGGACCCGUGUUGAGCCAGUUGAACGGUCCCGUGUUGAGUCAGUUGAAUGGUCCCGUGUUGAGUCAGUUGCAGGGACCCGUGUUGAGCCAGUUGAACGGACCCGUGUUGAGUCAGUUGCUACCAAGUGUUGGAUCGUUUAGUUACAACCACGUUCCUUGUCAGCCACCGAUUUAUCCACCACUUGCUCAGCCUGAGAUUCUUCCACCGGUAUGCUUCCCCGGAUUGUAUCCGCCGAGUAACAUGCCGGGAAGUCCACCCACAAUGUAUCAAUCUAUAUUUCCUGGCUUAUCAUGUCCACCAGAAGGUUAUUCAACGGUGGCUCCGCCGCUGACACAACCGGGACUAUAUCCACCGAUGAGUCCUUACAGAUAUUAAUUGAUUGUCAACGUCUGGAAGCCUAGUCGUCGGUUUGGAGAUUUGUUGAUUUUAUUUAACUAAUGAUGUCAUCAAUUCCCCCAACUUGUGUGUGUGUUCUUUUUCUUCGAACUCAACAUAAAAAUUGUUGUGUGUUUUUUUCUCUCUUUCUAACAAAAUCACACCCUAAAUUGUUACGUUCUUUACUUAGACGUUUUUGGUUUGUAAAAUGCUCUAUCUGUAUCAUGUUUGUACUGUCUUGUACUCUCCAAAAAUGGUUCACCAUUGAUGAAUGAUGCACCUGGUUAAUAUAUAUAACAAACCUUUUUGG